AUGGCUGGUCCAGAGGAAAUGUCGGAUUCGUUGGUGGCUGCUGCUGGGGUCAAGCGGGCGUCGCUGGAUCUGGACCUGGACAGUCUCCAGCGGAAGAAGUUCAAGACGGAUGAAUUGCCUUUAUCCGCGGCGCAGCAUACGGCGAUUGAGAAUUUGCUGCACGCGUUUAAGAAAAGGGGUGGGUUUGAUCAUAUUCGAAAGAAGAUAUGGGCGGAGUUUCAUGAUGGGGAAGGCAAGGUCGAAUUUACGAAACUCCUCGUUGAGCUCGCAGAGUCGGAAAUCGAUCGCGAACCCGGAUUGCUUGCUCGUGAGCGGGGCAAGGCUGCGACGCUGAUCGAGGGUGCCGUGGAUCGAAGCGAUGUCUACAAAACUGUCGAACAUUCGUUGGACGCGCUGGCGGAGAAGUUCCUUCUUGAUAUCUUGGGGUCGGUCCGUGAAAUUCGUCGCGAUGAGAUAGGGGAAGAGCUCGCCGCGCAGGAGGAGAAGGCUGGGAAUAAAACCGACGAGGACUACGCCGUUCAUGUGAAAACGAAACGCGACGAGCGCGAAAAGAUCUGGCAGGAGGAGCUGCGCAAACAACAGGAAAUUGAGGAGGAAGAGGCGCGCAAAAAGGCCGAGGAGGACCGCAAGCGACGGGAGAUUGAGCGCCAAAAAGAGGAAGAAGAGAGGGCUCGGAGGAGGGAGCGCGAGGAACAGCGACGGGAGGAGCAGCGGAAGCUGGACGAGCAGCGAGAAAAGGAACGCCAGGAACGAUACGAGCGACGACGCCGCGAAGACCGCGACCGAUACCGCGACUGGCGCGAUCGCAGCCGCACCAGAGACCGUGAUUCGGAUCGAGAUAGGGAUAGGGAUCGCUACCGUUACCGGGAUCGCUCACCAGGUUAUCGCUCAGAUCGCGCCCACUCCCCACGGUAUCGCGAGUCGCGAAAGGACAAGUCGCCCACCCCGAAAGAGCCCACGCCUGCACCCGUGCCACCGCCGCCACCGGUGGACGAGAAGUCGUUGGAGGAAACGGCGCUACAACUUUUGCUGAAGGAGGGAGAGGAGCUGGCGGCCAAGGCGCGGCAGAAACCCGAGUUCGACUUUGAGGAAGCAGAGGCGAUUGAGAACGGCCUCAAGCCACCCCCGAAAGGGCCCAAGGCGGAAUCGAGAUACUCCAACACUCCGACCAGGGCAGGGAGCCCGCCGGGCGACGCAGAUCAGAACCGAACACGUGGAUCCACAGCAGACGAUCGCAAUCGGACAAGAAAACGGGAUGACAGCCGCAGUCGCUCGAGAAGGAGGUUCUCGUCCCGGUUCGACGAUGACCGCGUAGACCGGUCGCGCGAUGUCUCCAGCCAGCCGCGCAACCGAGAUACCGAUGACCGACUCGUGCUUCGUGAUUUCCGCGACAACCGAUACGGCGACCGCAGCUAUCGCCCCAACCGCCGGAGCCGAAGCCGAUCUACCACGCGAACCGACCGGGAGAGAGACCGUGACCGUGACCGUGACCGUGACCGGACCGACACCGCGACGACUACCGCCGCCGACGAAGCUACUACUCCCGAUCCCGUUCUCGCCCUCGAUACCGCUCGCGUUCACGCUCACGCUCCGUCCAUCGAGACCGAAACCAAGACCGUGAGCGUGAACGAGAACGUGAUCGUGAUCGCGAUCGCGACAGAGACCGAGCCAGAGACCAAGACAGAGACAGGACCAGAGACCAAGACAGGGACCGAACCAGAGACCCAGAAAGAGAUAGGGACCGUCCCCGCGACCAAGACCAAGAUCGAGAACGAGACCGAGACCGACCCCGUGAGCGCGAAGACCACGCCCGCGAACAAAACCGUGACCGAGACCCCGACGACACCCGCCCCCGCGAAGGCGAGAAAUCCCCCCGCUCGUCGCCGCUCGCCCAGUCUCCUCGACAUCGACCGCUACGUCCCGCCCACUAGUCGCCGGAGCCGGUCUCCUCGUCGUCGGGUGCGGUCGCCGGAACGGACGGAGAAAGAGCGUGACCCGCCGCCGCGGUUUGUGGAGAUUGAUCGGUAUAUUCCUGGUGGUGGUAGUGGCGAGGCGGAGGGUGGGAAUAAUGGGAAUCGGGAGAGGGACAGGGAACGGGAACGUGAUAGGGAUAGGGAUAGAGAGAGGGAUAGGGAAAGAGAAAGAGAGGGAGAUGAGAGGAGACUGAGACGACGGAGCGUGAGUCGGAGACCAUCGUGA